AUGGGUUCCAACAUGGCGAUUCCUCACGGCGAGAGUUUGAUCAUCUUCAGAUUUCCGCCGUCGAGUUUGUUCACACUUCCUCCCAGUCAAUCCUUAAAACCAACAACACGUCUGCCACCUUUGCCCCCUUCGAAUGUGUUAGGAGCCUCAAUUAUACAGAGUAUCAGAAUCGAUCCUCUUCUUUUUCAACUUUCACUGGACCUGAGGUUCGUCAUCACUUUUACGGCCCUUUACGUCUCCACGGUCCUCUACUUGAAUCGAGUCAAUGCCUAUCGACAAUUCAGACCGUGGAAGUUUAGCAGAACUCCAUGGUUCAAACAUGUUGUCGUUGCGCAUAAUGCUAUGCUCGCGAUCUUUUCAGGAUGGACCUUUGUGUCCCUUUUCCACAUCUUCCUGCCCCUUUUAGGGCGAGCGAGGGCCGAAGCUGGACCGGAUUAUGCUUCACAUCUAGCAGAGCUUCUUUGUGAAACGGACUCAGGCGCGUAUCGUGUGCUCUCAUUCGGCAGCAGCCUGUGGGAGGCUGGAGGCAGUUAUGUGGGCUGGUGGUUUUACAUGAGCAAGUUCUACGAGAUUGUCGAUACAUUGAUCAUUCUCGCUCGAGGGAAGAAGAGCUCCACCUUGCAGACCUACCAUCAUGCUGGAGUGAUCAUCUGCGGCUGGGCAACGAUCAUAUAUGAAUCUCCAUUGGGUGCGAUCGGCGUCUUCUUGAAUUCAGCGAUACAUACAUUAAUGUAUAUGUACUUCACGAUCCAAACCCUGGGAAUUCCCAUCCCCGUGAGCUUCAAACGAAAUCUCACUAAGCUUCAGCUGGCGCAAUUCUUUGUCGGCUGGAUCUGGGGAUACACCUACCUCUUCAUGAGCUACCGGAUCCCCUCGAGGCCGAAUGCAGGUAAAACAGAACGAGAUUUUAUACAUUCGGACAACCUGACCCGCGUACUGGGGAAAGACUCACCAGCUAGUCUGCAGAAGAAAGCAGAUGUCCUUCACGAGUCUGUUGAUGCCGUGUCGUGCUUGAGUGACAGUGGAGAGGCCUUUACCAUCGUGGUGACAAGUGUCUACAUUAUUCCGUUGAUCUAUCUUUUUAUUAAGUUCUACUUUCAGUCAUACAGAGGAAACGGAAAAGGAAUACGAAGUGGGGGUCAGGUGGUGAAGGAACCAAAUGGGUUAAUUCAUUAA